AUGAAUAAUUUAUAUUUAUCACCAUCACUUCAUCAUAUACAUCAUCGAAAACAAACUUAUUUAUAUAAACAAAAAGCAUUAAAUCAAAAUCGAUCUAUAUCACCAACGUAUAUACAUCAACAAGUCUCCACCAAAAGUACAUAUUCAUCAUCCUAUACAUCAUUAAGUUCUUAUUUAAAAGAAUUUAAUUUAACAAAUAAAGAUUUCUUUGAAUUACGACAAGCACUUAAAACAAUAUUUCAUUAUAUAAAACCUGAAAUUAUAUGUAAUCAUAAUCAUUUACUUAAACAACGUUUAACAAGUCCAUAUUUACAACAACAAUUAAAUAUAGAUGAUCAAUCAUCCUUACCACUCUAUACAAAUGAAUAUUUUAUUCGUAAUGGUUUAUUAAAUCAUAAUGACGGUCCAGAAAUCCAUGAUAAUCAUUGUCAAUCAAUAAAUUUAUGCUAUUCAAAUCAUUCAAAACCAAUUAUCGACUUACAAACUUGUCCAUCGUCAUAUUAUUCAUCACCAUCAUUAUCAUCAAAGUCAAUGAUGUUAACAUCUUCUGUGAAUAUUUCAUUACCAUUAGAAUUAAUUUCAAAUCAAAAAUAUUUAUUUACAGCAUUAACAAGUAAUUUUACCUUAGACAAGCAUGAUAAUAAUGAAACAAAAUCAACGAUAAUACGACGAAAUAAAGUACAAGCAUGGGAAAGAAAAAAUAUUUUACAACAGAAAACAUCAUUAACACGUUCUUCAAUGCAAUUGAAUGAUCAAUUUGAAAAAUUGAAACAUCAUCGUAGUUCAAUUAUUCAAACAAAUCACCUGAAUAACUUCGACAGUAAAAAUGUUGAAGCUCCAUAUAUUAUUCUUCAUAAUUCUUUUCAUCAAAGUUCAAAUAAUAAUCAUUUAAAUGAUAUACAAUCAAUGAAUAUUCAUGAUCAAAAUAAUAAAAAAUCUAUACCAGAUGUUAAUCACUUAAUAAAAGUAUCAGAAAAACGAUCUUUAACUGAUGUAUUAGAUUCGACAUGGAUAACAGUCAAACGUCAAUCACUAUUGUUGUGA